AUGUUAAUGGGCACUACUUUUCAAAAUGUGGACUCCUCAAAUGGUUUGUCCAAGAUUCUACAUGCUCCUGGUGACAUUAUAAAGGUUGGAGAAACUCUAUUACAGUUGGUGGUUGAUGAUUUUGCAGUUCCAUUUAAUGAUUCUGAUGCAUCAGUAGUUUCUGAUGGGUCAAAGUCUGAUGAACACAAGCUAGAGCUCAGAAAGAGUCAUGCAAAUGACAAUUUAUCCACCCCUGCUGUUAGAAGUCUUGCAAAGCAACAUGAAAAAGGAAUUAUUGAUGGCAAACCUGCUUUUAAUCCUACUUCUAUCGAACCCAUGUUUGGACCUGAAGAACAACUUCAAGAGAUGGCUGAAUCACUUUAUCAUGACUAUUCUCUCAAAGGGCUUAUCAGCGUGCAAUGGUUAGGUCAAUGACUACAGCUGCUAGUGUUCCUCAUUUUCAUUAUGUGGAAGAAAUAAACUGUGAUGGGUUUAUGAAACUUAAAUCAGCUUUCCAGAAAGAGAAUAUUGAUCCAGAUAUUAAAUUCACAUUCCUUCCUGUGUUAAUAAAGUCAUUAUCC